GAAUCACAUCUAAAUCACCUUUGCGAAGCCCAUCAUAAGCGCAAUUGGUGCUAGGAAAAUUUUAACUGAAAUCCCGUUCAAGCAUUGUAAGCUGGAAGUCGCCGAUUGUUCCUGGAGGCACCUAAAUUAUAUGUACACUGUCGGAUACAGGAUGCGCACCGAUACCGCAGCGGCUACCGCGGCAAUGGGAAGUUCUCGAGCUGGUGUAUCUUCAGCCGCAGGUACGGAAUCUUCGGCGGAUUUGAUCGACAUCGAUACCUACCGGCAGAUUAUGAAGAGCUUCCUGGAGAUGAGACGAUACCAAACGGCGUUGUUUUGGGCGGAGAAAGUAACCGUUCUCAGUAAUAAUGAUCCGCUGGACGUUUACUGGCAGGCACAGUGCAUGUUCCUGUUGAGGGAGUUUCAUCGAGCCGCAUAUGUGAUCCGGAGUCGUGGUUUAGACAAGAAGAAUCUCCUGUGUCAUUAUCUGGCUGCCGAAUGUUUGGCGGAAGCUAAAGAAUAUCAAGAAGCGUUGGAUAUUUUUCAUUCGAUCGAUUGUGAGACGUUGCCUAUCAGUAAUCCGGUCGGUAUUGGGGCUAGUAAUAGGAAGGAUGAUUCCACAAAUACCGGAAGUGACUCCGUGUAUGAUGAGCCGAACAAAAAUGAUGUGCUGGCUUCAAUUUACUUUCUGAAGGGCAAAAUUCUGGAAGCGAUGGACAAUCGUAUUCUGGCGAUGGACUGCUAUGUCCAGGCUCUGCACAAAUCGGUAUAUUGUUCGGAAGCUCUGGAUGCUUUGGUGCAGCACGAGAUGUUGAUGGCUUGGGAAGAGAAAGAACUCAUGCAACACAUUCCUUUGGAGCAGCAGUGCUCUGAAGCGGAACGUAAGAUUCUCAAAAGAUUGUACGAAAGUAAGCUAAAAAAAUACUACGAAUCAAUCGCUCCUCAAACCAACAUUGAACAAACUCCGGUCGGGACCAUGAGUAGCGAUCUGCUUCACGAACUUACCGAGAAAAUGAAAAACAGUAAAAAUAUCGAAUGCAACAAAUCUUCAACCACUGGGACAGGGGGUGGAGGAGGCGGGGGUGGUCCAUCAAAAUGCUUCGCCACGCCAAUGCCUACGACUAAGCUUAUGUCUCCGGCCAAUAAAAUUCUGGACGAAAUUCGUAACACCCCGUCGUAUCUGAUUCAGUCGUCUCUGUCCAGGGUAUCGUCGACCGUGGCUGGAUCGGCUAGUGGAGGCGGUGCAGCUGCUGUUGGCAAGGAAACGCCUUACCGGAUCAACCGGCCCAUCUCGAUGCAGAGUCCUUCAGCCAUUGCAGUGCAACACUGUUUCGAUCGGCUGGAAAACUGUGUCGAUUUGGUUGUGUCUCAAGCUGAGAAGCAUUUCUACAACUGCGACUACAAAAAGUGCAUGAAAAUAAUUGAUGAAAUCCUGAAACGGGACCCGUACCACAAGCGCAGCCUCACGGUUCAGAUCGGGUGUCUGAUGGAAAUGAAAGACUUCAACAAGCUGUUCUACGUGGCCCACAAGCUGGUGGACUUCUAUCCGGACGAUGCCAUUAGUUGGUAUGCGGUCGGUUGCUACUACGAUCUCAUUGGCAAGAGUGAUCCGGCACGCCGUUACCUCUCGAAAGCGACCAGCUUAGAUCGAUUGUAUGGUCCGGCUUGGUUGGCCUAUGGACAUUCCUUUGCCAAGGAGAACGAACACGACCAGGCGAUGGCUGCGUACUUCAAGGCAACCCAGCUGAUGCGAGGCUGUCAUUUACCGUUGCUUUACAUCGGGGUGGAGUGUGGACUGACGAAGAAUCUGGAGAUGGCCGAGAAGUUCUUCUAUCAGGCCAUGUCGAUAGCCCCAUUGGAUGUUUACGUGUUGCAUGAGCUAGGGGUCAUCAAAUUUGAAUACGAGUUGUACGAAAGUGCUGAAGAGGUUUUCCGAACCACACUCGAUAUGGUGCAAAGUAUGGCCAAAGCUAAUCGGGAGCCGAUUUCCGUACGAUGGGAACCGUUGCUGAACAAUUUGGGUCACUGUUGUAGGAAGAACAAGAAAUAUGAGGAGGCAUUAGAAUUCCACCGGAGAGCCUUAUUUUUAAAGCCUCAGAGCGCACCAACAUACACGGCGAUUGGAUUUGUCCAAUCGUUGAUGGGGAGUUUGGAUGAGGCCGUAGAAUCAUUCCACAAGAGUUUAUCACUCAAACGGGACGAUGUCUUUACCACGACUAUUCUAAAGUAUGUGAUCGAAGAUUUGGCGGAAGAAACGCCUUUGCCGUUUUUCGCUGGUGACGGUGAAGAUAUCGAUCUGGAGGAUAAAGAAGGUGAUGGUGACGACGAAGAUGGUUCUGAGUUGCGUGACGACGAAAUGAGUGGAUGCGGAGGAGGAGGGAAAAUAGCUUCCGGAACACAAGGACCUGGAACUGCAGCUGGAAGCGAAACUGCGCCAUCCCGGUUGAAACUGAAAUUUGAUGAAUACGAUUCAAAUGCUUCGCCAGUCAGUGACACUAGUGCAGAUGACAUGAGUAUGGAUUUGUAGGUUCCGAGAUUACCAUUUUAUUUCUAUAAGCUCUUUAAUUGUAAAUUUUUCAUUGUCAAUAUAAAACAUAUUACAUUGUUAA